AUAAAAUGUCAUUCAUUGUCAAAAAUUUCUGAUCGUAACAUACAUUUUUUGUCAACUUUCUCAAAAUUCUAGUGAAAUGAAUUGAAGAAUAGGAAUAUUCAAAGAUGGCUAAGAAUAUGAAUGAAGCUUUCUCAGGUAAUAUCAUGAACACAGAUCUUCCACAAAAACAACAGAGUGAACCAAACUCCUCUGUUGAUGGGCACCUUCCGGAAGAAUCCGUAAUCGAAAAAAACACUAUAGCAGAUUCAGAACAUCAAAGUGAUUAUGGACCUGAUAUAAUAAUGAUGGAAGGCUAUGAAAUUGCAUCCGAAGAACCGAAUUGUCAAAAUGAAGAUUCCUCUGCUUGGUUAUCUAGAUGCUAUCUCGGAAAUAGUAUUCUCAUAUUCAAAAGUUCAUCUUUAGCAAAUUCUUCAGAAAAUGCUAUACAGAACAAACCAGGUUUCAAGCUCCACAUCACAUACAAAGUACUUCAAGCUGAAACGAAAUUGCUAUCGAAACUGUUGAAAUGUCAUGGAGUCACUGAAGUAGCUCCUAAUUCCUCAGACUUCAAUCUUUUGUGGACUGGAUCUCAUCCGAAACCUGAGACUCUCAGAGCUCUAGCAUCACAUCAACGAGUCAACCACUUUCCUAGAUCUUAUGAACUCACUCGGAAAGACCGCCUUUAUAAAAAUAUUGAACGGAUGCAACAGAUCAAAGGUCUCAAACAUUUCGACUUCAUUCCGCAAACUUUCAUUAUGCCAUACGAAUACAGGGAACUAUGUACGACUCAUCUGAGAAUCAAAGGGCCUUGGAUUGUCAAACCGGUAGCUUCAAGUAGAGGAAGAGGUAUUUUCCUUGCUGAAACACCAAACCAAGUACCUGCAGAAGAAAAUUUAGUCGUAGCUAAGUAUAUUUCUAACCCCCUCCUAGUAGCCGGUAGGAAAUGUGAUCUGAGGCUUUAUGUAGUAGUUACCAGCUUCGAUCCUCUUCUUAUAUACAUUUAUGAAGAAGGAUUAGUACGAUUUGCAACGGUGAAAUAUGAUUCCAAUCAUAAGCAGUUAUGGAAUCCUUGUAUGCAUCUAUGUAAUUAUAGUAUCAACAAAUAUCACAGUGAUUACUUGAAAUCAGAUGAUCCUUCUGCAGAAAAUGUUGGUCAUAAGUGGACUCUCAGUGCUCUCUUGAGAUAUCUCAAGUCUGAAGGAAGAGAUACCUUAUUACUGAUGUCCCAAAUAGAAGAUUUGAUAAUAAAAGCUAUAAUAGCCACUGGCAACUCAAUAAUAACUGCUUGUAAGAUGUUUGUUCCUCAUGUUAACAAUGCUUUCGAGUUAUUCGGGUUCGACAUAUUGAUAGACAAAAAUUUGAAGCCAUGGCUGUUAGAAGUUAACUUGUCACCGUCAUUGAAUUGUGAUAGUCCGCUAGAUGUGAGAUUAAAGGCUGCAAUGUUAGCAGAUCUCUUGACACUUGUUGGUAUCCCAGCCGUUGAUCCGAUGAUGAUCAAUUCAGGAAGUCAUAGUCAGCAAUGUGAUUCCAAUUUCAAACUGAGAAAUGGGCAGCUACCAAUGAAUAAAAUCUUCAAUGCAUCUAGUCAUUCUUUAUCUGAAGAAAAUAAUGUGGUUAGGAAUGCUAUGGCCCAAUUUCAAAGAAGAGGAGGAUUUGUUCGAAUUUUUCCAGCUAGUGACAGUUGGGACCAUUAUUCACAAUAUUUAGACCCAUCAAGUGGAAUCCCCAUAUCAGGAAUACCUACAACCAAUAUAGGAAUUGGCACUUCUUACAAUUACAAUCUUAUACUUCACAAGAAUCUAUAUCCUGAAAUUAUUCUUGGACCAAAGCAUAUAUCAAACUGUGAGAAGAAAAAUGUGGAUCGAAAAAUUGAGCCGCAAAUGAGCAGAAGUUCGAAAGAAAGACAGAACAGAUAUGAAAGGAAGUCUAUCAGAGGAUCAAAUUUAACGGUAGUACCUACUGAUGUUAUCAAGGAGUUUCCCAAUUCAGGAUUGAAAUCGAUCCUAGACAUGUUGAAGAAUGGUAAGAGAAUAACACAAUGUGAUGCAAGAAAAAUUUUCAGUCGUUAUUUGGUUUGUGUUUUGAAGAACAUCGUUGAAAGACCUGACAAAUCAGAAUACAUAGAAAUGGUUUUGAAAUUCCUGCAGCGAGCGUCGCAUUUUUUGAAGUCCCCAUUGAAUAUUUUUCUACCUCAGGAUGAGUUGAAUUUCAAAGAUAAGGCCGCAAUGGUAGCUAAACAAUUGAGUGAUUUUUUGUGCUUGUAUAAUAAUGAAACUGAACUUUUCGUUGAUAAACAAGAAAUAGUAGCCCAAAUUCCAUCCAAAUUAAUCGACGAAUUUUUAAAGAAUGCUAGAGAAAGUGAAUUGGAGGAGAUUCUGGUGUACCAAACAAUGAGAUGUCGAAUGACUUCAGUAUCACAUGUGAACUCAAAAAGUAUUCAUAUAACGCCUAGAUCUCGUGGUACUAAGACUCCAACAGUACCCAAUAGAAGUAAGAAAUCGAAGGUUCUUGUUGCAUCUUGAUUUCAGAAUUGUAUAAUAUGAGUACUAGGUCAACAAUCUCAUCGGUGAUUGACAGUGAUGUGUUGAAGUUUCAGAUGAAUAAAAGUUUAUAAUCUA